CUAUUCCUAAACUCUCAGAAAAACUCUCCGGCCUCCGCUCUUUCUGUGCUCGGCGCCGCCGCUGCUGCUUCUGCUCCUUCCCCUCACGUUCGACGUCGUGUUUGCUAAGUUACUGGUCGGUGGCGAUCAGUCUUCGCCUGUUCUUCUCCGCCAUUCGCCUCUGCUUCUGCUCCGCCGUUUCUGCCGCUUCCUCUCUCUUUCCUUCGGGAGGUAAACUCUUAUGUUCUACAAGUUGACUCAAGGUGAUCUCCGCUAAUUUACUUAGAGUUGCAAGUUUGACAUCCUUGGGUAGAAUGUCUAGUGAGGCAAGCUUAAGGCUUAAGCUCAAGAAAAAGGCUAAGCUAGUUGGAAAAACUUCAAGAAAUUCUGGGAGAACUAAAAGAAAUGAGGGUUCUUUUGAAGCUAAAAAUGGAAAUGGUGGAUUUACUGGGAAAUUGAAGGAAAGGGUGAAGUUCAAAGGAGGUGAAGAAGGAUUUGGUGUGAGAAGAAAUGUGAGAACUUUGGAUUAUAGUGGGAAGGACGGUGGAAGGAAGAAGAGAAUUUAUGGUAAGGAAGAAGAGAAAUUAAAAACUAAGGACAGUGGAAGGAAGAAGAGAAUUUAUGGUAAGGAAGAAGAGAAAUUUAAAACUAAGGAUAGUGAGGUAGUGGUUGAGAAUGGGAAGGUUUUGAAUGGCGUAGCAGCAUCGAAGAAGAAAGGCUCGUUGAAGAGAGGGAGUGAUCGGAAGUUGAAAGAUGAAGUUGUUGGACUGAGGAGUUCGACCAAUGGGGGGAGGAUGUGGGUUCAAGGUAAACAAAGGGACAGUGCCGGGUCUGAAGCAAAGAAUUUGAGUCGAAAGGCUAUGGGCAAGGAGAGUGUUGUAUUGGCUACGAAACUGAAAGGGAAUGUGAAGGAGGAUGAUUAUGGUAGUGGUUUAUUGAAGAAAAAUAGAGAAAAGAAAUCUGAAGUGAGCAAGGAGAAAAGCCUAAAGGUUGCAUCUCCUCUGAGUUCUGGCAAGAAGAAAGCCCAAGAUAAAGCAGGGUUGGAGGGUGAUGAUGAUGCCGAGACACAAGACAUUAAGCCAAAGAAGAAGAAAAGGAUAAUCAAGAUUGACCCGAAUGAUAUCUCAAACAAGAGACUAGAUGAUGGCAUUGGUAUUGAUGGAAGUAAAGAAGUGAAGAAAAAAGAAUGUGAGGAAGAACAUCAGAUGUCCAAGAAUGCCCAAUUCCGUGCGAUACAGCCUACCCCUGAAAUACUUUCUUUUGUGGAACAAAAUCUUUUGGGGAGGAGACGUUUGAUUGACUUAAAAAGGGCAGGCUAUAACAUAGAUCUUUCUGCGCCAUUAGACAAUAUUCCCUUCUCCAGCAGUUCGGAAAGAGAGAGAAUUGAAGAAAAUGCUUUUAGGAAUAAAUUGGAAUUUUUUGCUGCCGCAAAAGCCUCAUCAUCAUUUCCGGCUCCUAAUCUGCCAGAGAUUGCAUUUGCUGGAAGGUCAAAUGUUGGGAAGUCAUCACUUCUUAAUGCACUCACUAGACAGUGGGGGGUUGUACGAACGUCAGACAAGCCUGGCCUUACCCAGACAAUUAACUUCUUCCAAUUGGGAAAGAAGCUUUGUUUAGUUGAUUUGCCAGGAUAUGGAUUUGCAUAUGCAAAAGAAGAAGUCAAAGAAGCUUGGGAAGAGCUUGUGAAGGAGUAUGUUUCCACAAGAGUUGGACUCAAACGCGUGUGCCUUUUGAUUGACACGAAAUGGGGUAUGAAGGCAAGAGAUUAUGAACUGAUUGAAUUAAUGGAAAGAUCAAAAACUAAAUACCAGAUAGUAUUAACCAAGACAGACACAGUUUUCCCAAUCGAUGUGGCACGCCGGGCCACACAAAUUGAAGAGAGCCUCCUGCAGAACAAGUCUGUAGUUCAGCCUCUGAUGAUGGUAAGCUCAAAAUCUGGAGCAGGUAUCCGAAGCUUAAGAACAGUUCUUGCCAAUAUAGCUAGAUUUGUCAAAGUAUAAUACAUAUCACAAGGCCAUGAUCUUCUGCUGAUGCAGAUAUUUUAGUCCGAGACUGAGGGGAACCACAAAGGAACAGUUGAUUUUUUUUUACUUUAUUUUUUUUUUAGUCUAAGGUGCUGAUUUGAUUUUCUUCUGAUCUCUGGCUAAACCUAAUCUUUGUUUUCUGUCGAAUGAAUUUGUCCAGUCACCUGUCAGAGAAUGGUGAGGAUGAAUUUAUCAUUUUCAAAUUCUGAGAAACGUUUUUGUUCCAUAAUGUGCAUGAUUAGAGAUUUCAAACUUAGAGAAACAAAAUUGUCCAA